CCAAUCACAGCCUUACGCUGUGAAAACAUUCCCUGCUGGUUUCAUUUUGUAAGGGGACCAGACUGAAGAAGCGUUCUGCUUCGUUGUCAUAGUGACAGGGUGCGGGAUGGCCCGUCGCGGCGGGGUGACCGGGAGCAGCAGCCGGCGUCAGAGACAAUUCCACGUGAAUGUCAGGUUGCAGGAGACCGGGGAGAGGUUCGCUGUGUCAGGGUUCAGUCUCCUUACGAAGGUGGCAGAGCUGAAGGAGAAGUUGGAACUAAUGGCGGGGAUCCCUAUCCAUCUCCAGAGGCUCUCCUAUAUAGAUGCAGGGGAUAUGCCUGAUAUUUCCACAUUUCAGUUCAAUGGAAUUGUUGCUGGAGUAACCAUUUGUAUGAACAUCUGGUUAUAUGAAGAUAUGAGUGAUCUUGUAAAGGCAGCAGCUGAAGGAAACUUAGUAAAGCUGAUACGUUUAGGGGUUACUAAAGACUCGCCAUACAGCACUGAGAAUUCCUCGCAUUUUAAUUUGUCACAGAGGUGUGAAUGGUUGGCUGCAAGAUCCAGUGUCGCUCUAUAUAUUGCCGCCCACCGCGGUCACCUGAAAAUAGUGCAAUUCCUUCUACAGGAUGGAACAAAUGUACUAGCAAAAACUCCUCUUGGAAAUAGCCCUCUCCAUGCAGCAUCAUCUAUGGGCAAAUGUGACUGCAUAGAUGUACUUUUAGCUAAUGGAGCACAAACACAGGAUGUUAAUGGACAAGGUCACACCGCACUUGACCUGGCACGAUUGUGCGCCCAGAAAAAAGUUGAACGCAGACUCUUCCUUUUUCAGUGGAGUGAGAGAGCAGCCACAGUGUCAGUCACGGCUCAUCUAGACCCUUCCGAACUUUUUGCACAUCAAAAGUUUGACUCAAAACUGAAAACUUGGAUGAAUGGGUCUCAUGGCAAACGUUACAAUGCUAAUCUUGUCCAACAUAAAUCAUUCCAUGGUUCUGACUUUAGUGCUCCCAAAAAGGCACAGGCCACAAAAACAAACAGUUGCGAAAACAAGAACCUAAAGGCUUAAACAAAGUAACAGUACUGUUGCUUUCAAGGAAUAAUGACAAGAAGUUGUACCCUGCAUAUUACAUGGUGAAUGGCAGAAAUAAUCCACAGAAUAAUGGCAGCUUUAGUUCAACAAUUUGUGCUGAGCUACAGGUUGCCGCCAUUAAACUGGUGGCGGUACUCUACAAUGGCUUUUAUCUUCACAAAUUAUAGUCUAUAUUUUAGGAAGUUUUAUUUUUUUCAUUUGAAAUGUAUCUCAAAUUUAAAAUAAAAGGAAAUAUAGUUAAAAAGGA